GAUAUCGAAGUUAUAGGUUCUUUUAUCAAUAUCUGCACUCCCAACGAAAAGGCUUAUCUACUUACUCAAUUUGUAGAAAGACCUACAUUUAUUAUUUUUUCCAUUUAUUCAAAAGUCAAAAAUAUAAUACAUGGGAAUCGUUCCUAGAUUGGCCUGCAAAGUCGCCAAGGCGUCAGCUAAUCAUCCGAUUCACGUGAUUAUACUCACUACCAUCCUAGCAUCUUUUUCAUAUUUGAUGAUAGUGGAUGAGUAUCUUCCUGACAGAUUCGAAACGUCAUCCUCAGUUAACUAUUACCAUGCUCCUGGAUCAAAAGAUUUCAAGAAGUGGGUUCCUAUCAGCACAAAUGAAAUAGAUGAUUACCCAAGAGCCGAAAAACAUACGGUAAUACCUUUAAGAUUCAAGAGAAUUCAUGGGAAUGGCAUUCCUGACUUGGAAAAUUCAUUCCAUGGAUUAAGCAACAACGAAAGAUUGGUUAUUGUUGAUUCAAGUGAAGCCGAGAGCGUGUUAUCUGGACUUGACACUUUCACCUCUGAAGGUAUCACUUGGAAAAUCAGAAGCCGUAAUCAAAUUUAUCGUUACUUGGAUUAUGUGAGCUAUGCAUUUAAGAAAACAAGGUCUUUAAUCCAGUUGGCAGAGACCUUUGAUGUUGGUUUAAUAACUUUUGCUUAUAUUGCAAUGUGGUACACUUUGAUUAAGGUGUUCUUCGAUAUGAAGAAAGCUGGGUCAACGUUUUGGUUAGCAUUCUCUACUUUGCUUUCGUCCACUUUUGCAUUUUUAUUUGCUUUGGUUGUAACUACGAAGGUUCUCAUGAUCAAGGUUCCAAUUUUAAGUAUGACAGAAGGAUUACCAUUCUUAGUGGCUAUCAUUGGAUUCAAGCAUAAAGUUUCGAUUUCAACCUUUGUUCUGAAUGCUUCAACUUCUCAAUCCGAUGUCAAAUCGAUUGUUGGUGAUGCAAUUUACAGCCAUUUUAUCAGUUUGUUCAGAGAUCACGUGGCGGUGAUUGGUGCUUUGUUAGCGAUCAUUGCUUACGCCAACCAGCUCGAAGGAUUGAGAAACUUUUCCACUUUGGCAGCUCUUAUUUUAUCAUUUGACCUUUUGAUGACUUUUACUUUCUAUUCUUCAAUUUUGACUUUGAAAGUAGAAAUCAACAGGGCUCGCCGAACUGAAAACUUGAAAAUUGCCUUAGAAGAGGAUGGUAUCUCUUCUUGGGUGGCUAAGAAUGUCGCUUCAAGAGACUCAAAGAUUGAUAAAAGCGAAAAAGAUUCCAUCUUUCGUUCUGAACACACUUCUAUUCUUUCCUUCAAGGUAGCUAUGAUCGCUGGAUUUUUUGGAUUUCAUGCGUUCUGGUUAGGUAGCAAUUGGUUAUAUGACGUUGCAAGCAAUGAAAGAACUGUCAAUCGUUUUAAUGACACUGUUCAAUUAAGUAAGACUGCUGCCAAACAUAUAAAGAUUGGAUCCAAAGGCACAAUUGUAACUGUUUUAUCUCCCAAAAGUGUUGUGCCAUUAAGUACCUUUGUCAAGUUGGAGGAUGCUAUUUUAGGAUUGUACGAUUUUGUUAGUCGUUUGAUUAAAGACGAUAUUCUUUCAAAGUUCAUCUUACUUGCAUUCACCCUUUCGAUUUGCAUCAAUGCCUACUUUUUGAGUGCUUCUCGUAACCAGGUUUCAACAACGAACAAGUUGAUUGAAAAUGAAAUCACUAGACCAAAAUCUCAAAGCAUUCUGUUAAAACCAAAGAAAACUUUCGAUUCCUCCAGCAAGGAUAGUGAGACUCUCGACAGCGAGACCGAAGAUACUUCAGCUAGUGACGGGGAAUUGGAAAUCAAAGCUCCUAACAAAUUGUUGCCUUUAGAUGAAUGUAUUUCUUAUUUGAAAGAAGGUAAGGUAACAGAAUUGAACAAUGAAGAAGUAAGUUCUUUAGUCGUUGCCGGUAAAUUACCUAUCUAUGCAUUGGAAAAGCAAUUGGCUGAUAAUAAAAGAGCCGUGGUUGUUCGUCGUAAAGCUAUUGCUAAGAUUGCCAAUGCCCCAAUUUUAAAUACCAAAAGUUUACCAUACGACCACUAUGACUAUGAUCGUGUUUUUGGUGCAUGUUGUGAAAGUGUCAUUGGUUAUAUGCCAAUUCCAGUUGGUGUUGCUGGACCAUUAGCCAUCGAUGGAAAGUCUUACUAUAUUCCAAUGGCUACCACUGAAGGUUGUUUAGUAGCCUCUGCUACCCGUGGUUGUAAAGCCAUGAAUGCUGGAGGUGGUGUAGAAACCGUCUUAACCCAAGAUGGUAUGACCAGAGGUCCUUGUGUUUCUUUCCCAUCGUUGAAGAGAACAGGUGCUGCUAAAGUAUGGUUGGAUUCGGAAGAAGGUCAAAAGGCUGUCAAAAAGGCUUUCAACUCUACCUCAAGGUUUGCUCGCUUACAGCACAUCAAAACUGCCAUUGCUGGAAGGUUAUUAUAUAUCAGAUUCAAAACUACUACUGGUGAUGCUAUGGGUAUGAACAUGAUUUCUAAGGGAGUUGAACACUCUCUUAAGAUCAUGCAAGAAGAAUUUGGCUGGGAUGACAUGACUGUUAUAUCUGUUUCUGGAAACUACUGUGUAGAUAAAAAACCAGCAGCAAUCAAUUGGAUUGAAGGAAGAGGUAAGUCCGUUGUUGCUGAAGCCAGAAUUCCUGCCGAUGUUGUUAAAAAGGUUCUUAAAUCUGAUGUUGAUGCACUUGUUGAAGUCAACAUCACUAAGAAUUUGAUUGGUUCUGCCAUGGCUGGUUCAAUUGGAGGAUUUAAUGCCCAGGCAGCCAAUUUGGUUACCGCUAUAUUUCUUGCUUGUGGACAAGAUCCUGCCCAAAAUGUUGAGUCAUCAAACUGUAUGACUUUGAUCAAUAAUAUCGAUGGGGACUUACAAAUUUCUGUUACUAUGCCAUGUAUUGAAGUUGGUACUAUCGGAGGAGGAACUAUACUCGAAGCUCAAAGUUCGAUGUUAGAAUUGUUGGGAGUACGGGGUCCACAUCCAACCAACCCAGGGGAUAACGCUAGACAAUUGGCACGUAUUAUUGCAUCAGCGGUUCUUGCUGCUGAACUUUCUCUUAUUUCGGCUUUGGCAGCGGGUCAUUUGGUGCAAUCACAUAUGCAACACAACCGUAAGGGAGCCGCACCUGCCGUGGCUUCCCCCGAAAAGGCCCCAUUAACUGAAGACUCGGUUCAAAGGUUGAAGGAAGGAGCUGUGAACUGUAUCAAGUCAUAAUUCACACCCUUUAGAGUAAUUGUACUUUGUAUGUAAAAGAAUAUAGAGAUUAAUAGUCAUCGACAU